AUGGCCAGUCGCUGGCUGCCGGAUGGAACGCCUCGCCAGCCGUCUGCUCCUGCACUACUGCCGGCUCCGAGCCCGGCUCUGGCUCCAUUGCUGCUACCGAGGUGCCACCGCGCGCCUUUGGGUUCGGAGCAACCGGCUCCUGCACCGCCACUGGCGCCGAAGUUUCGACCUCCGAGCCCGGUGGACGAGUCAGUGGUCUCCAAGGGCGGAUUUGCUCCGCUCCGCAGUGCAAGGGUGCCCUCGAACAUGAAGGAUUUUCCUCCUGCUCCGGCUCAUCCUUACAAGCCGGCUGCACCGGGCACUAUGUUGUCGGCUUGGCAGAAUGCCAAAAACGAGCAGCUUAAGGUCUGGCUGGCACUGGCAGCCACAGCCGCUGCUGCCUCAGCAAUGGUGUCAGAGCUUUUGCAGAGUCCGAAUUCUUCGGUACUUCUGGUGCGCCUGGUUCAGGGGAAUGCUCCGUCGACUCUCACCAACUACUUCGGACGUUGGAAACAUUGGGUCGAGUUUUGCCAGGUCCAAUCGGCAGAUGAAUGGGCACCCAAGGUUGCAUUCCUCUGCGAUUUCCUGAUCACGCACUGCAAAGGUCUUCUGGGAUCGGCUAUCGCAUGGCUCAAGGCCUUCAGGUUCGUCACUACGCGGCUGGAGGUCGAAUCAUUCAAGUUGGCACUACAGUCUGAGGCGGUCCGGGCCUUUGGCAAAUCCGUGAAUGUGGUUCAGCGCAGAGAGACAGCACCUUUCCCACUUUCUUUCGUCAUUUGGUUGGAAAAGCAAGUGCUGGAUGCGACCCAGUCAGCGGCACAUCGAAUUCGGUGUGGCUUCCUUCUGGUGUGCGUGUUUGCCAGCCUUCGCUGGUCUGAUGCUCAGUGGUCUCCGCCUUCCUUUCUUCACUUGGAUCGGCAGGCGCUUCUUGGUUGUGCUACAAGGACGAAAACUACUUCUCGAUCCAUGCCGUGGGGAGCCUGGGCUCCCGGGUUUCUCGCUCGGCCUCAAACGGCCCCCGGCUGGGGCCAGGUCUGGCUGUGUCUGGUCCAAGAGGCGGUGACCCGCACUUCGGCCGCUCGCCCUGGGUUUCAGCCCGACUUUCUGGUGGCCGACUUGGGUCCGGAUGACCGUGCUCCGGUUUUCUUGGCUCCUCUGAGCCGUGCUGCGGGGGUGGUCCUGAUCCGCCGACUGUUGGCGAUGUGCUAUGAGAGCUACCCGGCGGACCAACGGCCGGACUUGUCACUCAUUGGCGUGCACAGUGCCAAAGUCACGUUCUUAUCUUUGGCUAAGCAGCUCUUGUUGGACGAAGCCUUGCGGCGAGAGCAAGGACACCACCGCCCGCCGCCGGGGCACGCCAUGACCCGGUUAUACGGCAGAGAUGAUGUUUCAGGUCCCCUGGCACUCCAGUCUUCUAUCGUCCAGGCAGUGGCGAAUGGAUUCAGACCGCUGAGGCCAGCCCUCCGAGGUGGCGCGCCGUCACUCCCUGACAUCACAGUUGCUGUGCCGGCUUUGGAGCCGGCCGCCUCGGACUCUCGAGCCCAUCCGGUGGUGCCCAGGCUCCACGACAGAGAGCCUUUGGUCCUUGAUCAAGAUUCGAGCUCGGAUUCCGAAGAUGAUGCUCCGGCAGCUCCUGAGGUCGAGUCCACAUCAGCGGCCCCGGCCGCUGCUUGGGAACUGGUCUCGUCCGGUGAUGCGGCGCCUUCACCGCAGGAUCUUGGUGAGCCGGAAGAGUUCGAAUUUUUAUUUAAUCCAAUGACGUCAAUUGUGCAUCUUGCCAAGCCUUGCCGGGCAGACCAUCCAGCUUGUCAGUUCCGCCCAGCUCCGGAUGCAGUUGGGGAUGCUCCUCUUCGCCCAGGUUGCUCCAUAAGAGGUAAUCUGGCAAUUGGAGCCUUAGUUCGGACAUCUGUGAUCCCGAAGGGUGCACGUUUGUGCUUGAAGCACGGGUGUGGGAAGGACCCCGCACUUGCAUCCUUGCUGGACUCCUAG